CUACGACAGGUGAAUUUGUGAAUUUUACUUUUGUAGGUUACAAGAGACACUCUUCUCACAAUUCUCGUGAGUUUGGCUUUUUAUGACCCAUGCUCCCAUUCAAUCAAAACACUGAACAACUAGACAUCUCUAUAAGGUUCGACGGAUCGAAUCAAACGGUGAAAUUGGAUUUGGAUUUGGAGCCAGUGGGCACGGAAAGUGCGUUUGGGCCAUGUUGUAACGGUUUGUUAAGCACCCGUAAGCUUAACGGAAGUAGUGUAGCUCGAGAGAGUCUCUCGGGAGGCUGGAUUAGCCACAAGUUGUGGUGAACCAGGAAUGAGUAACGCAUCGACGCACACUCAUGACAACACCCAACACCUGGGUGAUGACCACAACGAUGCCGAGACGGAGGCAUCUAGCUUCAUACCUCAGCAGAAUGUUGGGCAGCCCAAUGUGCCACUGAACGCGGUAAAUAAUCAGAACUUCGGGAACCCGCCCGAGAACGUCAUGCCGGCUUUCGUGGCUCAAUUCUUGCAGCAGAUGGCGAACGCGGCGAUGUUUCAUCUCGAUAGCGAUGAGCAGCGACUGGCGGCGCUGCACUCGACGGCGGCGGGUGGCCGCUGUGCAAAGGGCGACGGCGGCUGGAAGCUCGGGCGACGGAGGCUCGAGGCUCGGCGACCGGCUGGAAGCUCGGGCGACGGCGGCUCUCGAUUCCGGCGAGGGCGAAACAGCGGCGUCCGGCGUUUGGUGACGUCCUCCGUUUGGCGUGGCGGCGCUGCACCCGUCGGCGAUGAUGGCGGUGGCUACUGGCGAAGGAAGCAGCGGCGGCGCUGCAACUCGGCGGCGCUGCAAUCGACGGCAGCGAUGAGCGGCGACGCCGGCGGCUGGCUGCUCCAGUUGGACGGCGACGACCGGCGGCUGGCUCACGGCGAAGCAGGCAUUUCUUCAGCUUCCAUUGAGGACAUCGAUGAUGCUGUGUUGGUCGAAAUCCUCUGCAGGGGAACCCCCUAUUGCAAAAUGGCGUUUCGGUGCAAAUUGGUCUCCAAGCGGUGGCGUUACUUGAUCUCUAGUCCCAUCUUUCUCAAGUGCUGGAAGGAAUUGCACAGAACUCUUCAUCCCGGCGAGCCAUUGCCCUAUUCCAUGGUCAUCAACAUUCGGAUCCGACUAGGUGAGGACAAAUACAUGACAAACUAUGUGGCUUCCCAGCACCCAAUGUUCCAGUUUCCCAGAUUCAAAGUGGUUCGGAUUCAUCAUGAUUUGGAAUCUUAUACUGCUAUUUCCUUCGUAGACGAGGUCUUUUCCUCGGAAACAAACAAAUGGGAGGAGGUAGAGGUACGCCAUCCCAACAGUUCCCCUUUGGUUUUUGAUUUUAAAAAUAAGAGUUACGCAAUGAAUAAUCUGUUGUGCUGGAAUGGCUUACUAUUGUUUGAGAAUUGGACUGAUGAUGAUAGCAUUGUGGCUUACAAUCCCUUUGAGCCAGCUAGAUGCCGCGUGAUUGAGCAGCCACCUAGAUAUAGACUGGGCCAAUACUGUAGGUCUUUCUUGAGUUUUGGGGAGUGCAACGGGAGUUUCCGAGUAGUCCAGCACUAUGACCACCCUGGUGGUAGGCAAGGGGUUUUCAUGACUUGGGAAUUAGAGGACUAUGAGACAGAAGAGUGGAGGUUUGUGAACCAGCUCGUUUUCCGGGAUUUCAUCACGGACGACGCCCCUCUGCGACUCCAGUGCGAAAUGAACAGUGAUGACGAGAGUGACUUUGAUGACUACGCCGUGUUGGGUUACAUCGAGGUACAGCGAAUCAGACUUUUGACCAUGGAUCCAAAUGAUGAGGAUGUGAUAUAUUUUUAUCACAGCGCGGAAAAAGUAGGGGACAGGCGGAUCUUCGCGUGCAAUUUGGAGACUAAGGAAGUGAGAGUGUUUGACAAGAAUAUCAUUGAGAGAUGCGUCGAAAUUCAAUACAGGUUGCGUAAUGUCUUUCAGUUUGUAGUGCCGGAGUGGCCUACACCAAUUCCCGGUGCACCCACACAAUGCACGUAGCUUCUGAGUUCUGCAUUGAUAUAAUGCGGGAAAUGAAUAAAUAUAAUAGGUUGGAAUCAAGACCAACUAAAAUCCAGUCAAUGACUUCACACAAAUUCAACAGCGGCGCCACCAUUUUACGUGCUUGAAAACUGAUGACUCCAUUAGCGAAGAAUCCGAAGAAGCUUUGUCAAAACUGGUGGUAUUCAAACUGAUGACCCUCUCUGACCUUUGAUUCACGUGUCUAUAUUUUUUUUUAUUUACUCUUAAAUUUGAGCUUUUCAAACCGUAUAGUAUGUUUUUCUCUGACCGUAGAUUCAGACCUGGGGCAAUAAUUUUCUUAUUAGAUAUUUAGAUUAUAUCUGGAGCAUCCAUAAAUUGGCAAAAUAGGA